AUGUGCAAACUCUAUGGAGCACAUCACAAUCACCGGGUUAUCAUCGAUGAGCUAUCCGGAAUCAAAGACCAGCUUGAAGCUGAAAGCGCGGCCAGAGGUGGCUUCUAUGGAUGGAUAGAGAUGUUUCAGGGGCCUCGAAUGUCCUACCGAAUUAUUCUAGGCGUUGCCCUUCAGGCCUUCCAGCAACUUACUGGCGCCAAUUAUUUCUUCUACUACGAGGCCAUGGUCCCGUACAAUUGA